GGGAAACCUUGCUUUACGGUGAGAGGCGCUGGCCUGGCCUGCAAGGAGCGCUCCUGAGGGGCUGCCGCCAACAUGAAGCAGAAGAGGAAAGGAGACCUCAGCCAUGCAGAGCUGAUGAUGAUGACGAUAGCUGACAUCCUAAAGCAAUUAAUUGAGGCUCAUGAGCAAGGAAAAGAUGUGAAUCUGAACAAGCUGAAAACCAAGACAUCAGCGAAGUAUGGACUUUCAGCACAGCCACGGUUGGUUGACAUCAUCGCUGCAGUUCCACCACAGUACCGCAAGGCGCUGGUCCCGAAGCUGAAGGCUAAGCCUAUAAGGACUGCUAGUGGGAUUGCUGUCGUGGCUGUGAUGUGUAAACCACACAGGUGUCCGCACAUUAACUUUACAGGCAACAUAUGUGUGUACUGCCCAGGUGGACCUGACUCUGAUUUUGAAUAUUCAACACAGUCCUACACUGGAUAUGAGCCAACAUCCAUGAGGGCCAUUCGGGCUCGAUAUGAUCCCUAUCUCCAGACAAGACACAGAGUGGAGCAGCUGAAGCAGCUAGGCCACAGUGUGGAUAAAGUAGAGUUUAUUGUGAUGGGUGGAACAUUCAUGGCCCUCCCUGAAGACUACAGAGAUUACUUCAUCAGAAACCUUCAUGAUGCCUUAUCGGGUCACACUUCCAAUAACGUAGCAGAGGCUGUCAGGUAUUCGGAGCGAAGCCUGACAAAAUGCAUUGGGAUAACGAUAGAGACCAGGCCGGAUUACUGCCUGAAGCGGCAUUUAAGUGACAUGUUGUCCUAUGGCUGCACCAGGCUGGAGAUUGGGGUGCAGAGCGUCUACGAGGACGUGGCCAGGGACACCAACAGAGGUCACACCGUGAAGGCUGUGUGUGAGUCCUUUCACUUAGCCAAGGAUGCCGGGUUUAAAGUGGUGGCACACAUGAUGCCUGAUCUACCAAACGUGGGCCUUGAAAGGGACAUGGACCAGUUUGUUGAGUUUUUUGAGAAUCCUGCUUUUCGCCCCGAUGGGAUGAAGCUCUAUCCUACGCUAGUGAUCCGUGGCACUGGUCUCUAUGAGCUCUGGAAGACUGGAAGAUACAAGAGCUACCCUCCCAGCACUCUUGUGGAUCUGGUGGCCAGAAUCCUGGCCCUAGUCCCACCGUGGACACGUGUGUACCGUGUUCAGAGAGAUAUCCCUAUGCCACUUGUCAGCUCUGGAGUGGAGCAUGGGAACCUGAGAGAGCUUGCCUUGGCCAGGAUGAAAGACCUUGGGACACAGUGUCGUGAUGUAAGGACAAGAGAGGUUGGAAUUCAAGAAAUUCACCACAAAGUGAGACCAUACCAGAUUGAAUUAGUUAGAAGAGAUUACGUGGCUAAUGGUGGCUGGGAGACCUUCCUCUCCUAUGAAGAUCCAGAGCAGGAUAUUCUUGUUGGCCUUCUCCGACUGCGGAAGUGUUCGGAGGAGUCAUUCAGAGCAGAGCUGAAAGGAGGCGUUUCCAUUGUCCGGGAGUUGCACGUGUACGGGAGCGUGGUGCCCGUCAGCAGUCGGGAUCCUUCCAAAUUCCAGCACCAGGGAUUUGGUAUGUUGCUAAUGGAAGAGGCAGAAAGAAUAGCCAAGGAGGAGCACGGGUCGUGGAAAAUUGCUGUAAUUUCAGGUGUUGGCACCAGGAACUACUACAGGAAGAUUGGCUAUGAGCUGGAAGGGCCUUACAUGGUGAAAAAACUGGACUGAUGCCCCAGGAAGUCCUCAUCUCCACCAGCUGCUGGGAGGGGAGGAAACAAGAUUCAUCCUGGAAAGCUACAAACCAAAGCCUGCCAGCUGCCAAGGACUUGCCCAUGGCAGCAAAUAGGGCAUGUCCACUGGGGAGUGCAGUUCUGAGACCUGCCCAUUGCCCCAGGAGAGGCUGGGGACAUUUCUUGUGUCUUGUUGCCUAUGUAAGCAUGACAAUAGAGGACUGAAGUGCAGCUGAACUGUAAGUUCUCAAUUUGGGGACUCUGUUGAACAGCCAAGUGGGAAAAACAUUCAUUGUAUCGAUGAUGCUGUCAGCAGGCUUUUGAUGUUUCAGCGUUGAAGCUGUGUGGGUCAUCUUGCAACGUGAAUGAA